CGCGAGCCAAACCCACGCAAAUAUGGACAGCACUCAGCCCCUUUUUGGCAGCCAAGUGCGCCUCUUACUCGCCGAAUCCGUGGGUAAUAAAGUGGCAGUCCUUGACGCGGACUGCGAUCCUGACGCGCUUGACCGCCGCCGUCGCGGUACGCUGAUGUGUGCGUGCCCGCGGGAAUUCUACAGCGUGCUCGAGUUCGAGAGUCACUACGCCAGCCACCACCGACUCACGUGCGCGCAGUGCCACGCCGCCAUGCCGACAGAGCGCUUGCUUGAACUACACAUCGCCGAAUCUCAUGACCCCAUCUUCGCGGCACGUCCCGUAUAUGAAUGUGUCGUCGAGGGCUGCCCGGAGCACUUUGCAAGUUGGGCUGACCGCAAAAGCCAUGCAGUGGGUGCGCACAGGUACCCAGCUGGCUUCUCAUACUUUCCACGUGCACUGUUGCCUAACAAGCAUCAAGUCAAGACAACCAAACACAGUGGCGUGCCGAGGCGAGUUUGCUUUGGCCGCGGUUCCCCAGUUGCGUGGCACCGGCAGAGACCACCUUCCACUUCGCGAGUUGCACAAGACAUAGACAUGAAAGACAUAGCUGAUGCGUUGGACACUUAGUUCCUGCAUACUAGCUCUUUUGUCAGUGUGCGAAACAGCUUACAGUGCGCAUUCUACAUACGAGAAGGGCACGAAAUGUCUUGAUGGUGCUCCUUGUGUAGUUUGGCAAAAACUCCUCAAGUGCGAUGUUUGCCACUGCUCCUUGUUUGUUUCAUGAAAUUAAAAUUCCUCGGAGUGUAAAUCAGCAUUAUGCGAGGUAGUCAGCAUGAAGCUAUGGAACAUUGUGGGUCAUAUUCAGAUUUCUGACGCAGGACUGGAAGAUGAAACACAGAAACUACUUAGCAAUAAAAGGUUUAAUACAGAAGGCAAAGUUAUUCGCACCAUCUGAGCCCCGUAGUUUGUGUGUGGUGUUCUUGUUUCGAACUUUUUCAUGAAUCGUAAGGAAUAGAAAGAAAAGUAUUCAGCCAACUCUGCUAAAUCGACCAGCAUUGAAAUAUUUUUCUUUAUUUUAUACUGAUAGUGAAGAACAAGGCGCAAGUUGUAAGUUUUGAAAACCGUUAGGAUAUCAGCAGCUUGAAAGAGUUGCGCGGAAGGAAGAUCUCUGGCUAAGUUUUACACAAUGGGUAAAACCUUUUUCUGUAGAACAUGGAGCUCUUUUAAGGCUUCAUGCACGCCAGUGUCCCAUACAAGUUUACAAUAAUUCACUUGUGGCAUAAACAACGAUUUGAAGAGCUACCACUUGAUAUCAGUUGGAAGAAAAUAAUUAUUGUGCUAUAAAAGACCAACAAAAUGCGAGACAGCUAAACACACGAGAUUAAUAUGCACAUUCCAUAGGAGCUUUUCUGUGAACCAAACACCAAGAGUUUUAAAUGCUGGUAUAAUUUCUAUGUUUUUGGAGCCAUGAGUCAAAGACCCACAAGAGGAUAGAGUUCUUCCCCUAGGGCAGAAAUUGACCACUUCUGUCUUGGCAAUAUUAAUUUUUAGUGUAUUUAACUUUGACCAGCCUUUUAGGGCAACUAGCAUUUCAUUAGACCUUCUAAUCGAUUCGUCACGAUUUUUACCGCUGAAAAAAUGCUGGCGUCAUCGGCAUAUAUAACGUAGAAUGAGUUAUCUUGAAUAUUAACAAUGUAAAUAAUGUAUAGAUUAAACAAGAACUGCCUCAAUAUACUUCCCUGCAAUAGACCUAAGUUAAAACCUAGCAUUUAUGACAAGUGCCCGUUAACGCUAACGUACUGACGUAGAUGGGACAAAUAAGAGUUCACGAGUUGAGUGGCACAUCCUCGAAUCCCAUAGCUUUCUAGCUUAGCAAGCAGUAUUUUAUGAUUCAAGCUGUCGAAGGCUUUCUUAAAGUCCAUAAAGAGAGCUCAUACUAGGCGUCUUUUUUCAACGUUUCAUAGAAUGAAUUCUUUCUGUGCCAACAGCGCAGUCUCAGACAGGUUUUUUUCUUACAUAUAUAGAUAUAUAUAUGUGUGUGUAUAUAUGUGUUUAUUUAUUAUAUUUGUAAAUCUGUAUUUAAUUUAUUCCCUGUGCUCACUAAAUAUUUUUGUACAAUUUUUUUCGGAAGCCCUCCCACAGUUUUUUUCUUUUGGACCUCCGGAAAAUGUAGCAUCUUUAUGUAUAUAUUUAUUGUGUUCCGAGAUUCUUUUUUAAUAAACUUGAAAAACUUGAAGUGUCA